AUGGCAUCCGAUGACAAAUCCGAGACUAAGAGCUCUUGGAAUUACAAAGCUGGGGACCUGACCUUGGGUUUCUCCUCUUUGCUUGCCACCCAGCGGGCACCCAAGCCUCUUCGCCGGCCACCUCACAUUACGACCAGAUCCCGAAAUGUCUGCGACGACUGCACGGUGACCCACCUGCAGGGCCUUUUGCCAGCGCCGAGUUUGGGUGCCGAAGAUGAUGCGGAUGAUAUCAGGCCUGCUCCGAAUCCUGGCCCGCUAGGCAGCAGCAUCAUCGCUGCCCCGCCUUGUCCAGGUGGCAAAGCUGCGAGGCCAGACACGUGCUUCAUGACCCAUAGGUAUGUGAAGCAGGAAAUCGCCUACUUGGCGCGCAGAAUCGAGGAGGUGGGGCGAUACUUUCUGGCCUUAGAGUCCAUGAUCGGUUCGGGCUCAUUGGGACCUGUACUGGAACGGUGCCUGAAAGAGCUGGAGGAAUGCAUACAAGCACCUGAGAGUUUGGAGGAGGAGGAUGUGGUGCAAGGCUUCAUUGAUGCAGCAGUACGCUUGGGUUUGAGCCCAGCAAGGUACAAGCCACUUUGUGACCGUUUGUCAUGGUUGUGCCGGGGCAGACGCAAGGAGGAGUUGAGGAAGGAGCUAAGCGCUUCGCUGGAGGAAUGCUCAUCCUUGCAGCAACUGAUCGACGAUUCCGUGAGGGCGUGCAUCGGAGCUGAUGAAAUUCAACCUGCAAGAUUGCGACUGCACGAGGUCACGCAGCACGACUACAACGAGGCCAUUCUUCGCGCUGCCAGUGAUGGCAACGUGCAAGCAGCGGAGGAGAAGCUUCGGAAGGGUGGGGACUGCAACUGGCAGCAAGAUUGUACUGGAUAUUCUCUGUGGCAUGUUGCCGCUCGGAACGGCGACCUUGAAGUAGCGCAUUUGGCAAGAUCCUUCAACUGUCAUCUCGGCUUGCUGGACAGUUCCGGGUGGACAGCCUUGAUGUUGGCCAGUGCGAGACAUGACCGUCGACUCGUCCGAGAGCUGCUGGAUGCGGGCGCAGACCCGAGCAUUCUUAGCACUGGCGUUGAGGUCAUUGUGGAAUGCGAUGCUGAACAACUCAGCAGACUGCAGCUACAGAUCGACCCCGAAACCCGCCGACUACGCGCCUUCCAAGAUGCUUUUGAUGAGAACUCGAGUCUCCCACUGGAUCUGGGAGACCAGCUUCUUGCCGGAGAGGAGCUGCAGUUGCCGACCUUUUUGCGGGUCUCUGCGCGCAGCGCCCUGCAUGCGGCGAUGCUGCGGCCAGCCGCCGAUGAAACCGGGCGGCUGGCUGUGCUCCAGGACCUCCUCGAUCUCGAGAGUGGUUUGGUGAACGUGCGGGAUGGCUUGGGCAACACGGCGCUGUGGUAUGCCGCCAGAGGCGGCUUCCUGGGAUGUGCACGGAGUUUGCUGCACGCUGGCGCCAUUGCCGCCCUGGGCUCCUCGUGCUUGAUGGCUGCUGUGAACGCCUUCAACUUGGAAUCAGACAAAGAUUCAGAUGCGGCCAAGCGGUUGGAGGACGUAUGCCACCUCCUCAUGCGAAAUGGAGCCGCAGACUGUGUGGAAGAAGUGCAAGGAGCCCAAGCCAUGUGCAGCUUCGAUUUGAGUCAGCCUCUUGACCUCGAGGAAGCUCUGGAGCACUCUGGUUUUGCUGCUGCUUUGGCGGAAAACUGCCUGGACUGCAGCAUCCAAGCAGAGAGCUUGUAUAGCAAGCGGCUGCUGAUCCACCGCCCCAGCUGCCGCCUGUCGUCCGCGCAGGACGCCGCGGACUUCGCAGCCUCGGCGGAGCCCGAGUUCCGGCGGCUGGCCCUAGGCUUGGCGACCAACGGCCGCGUGGAGUUCGCCCGCAGGCCCACGGCCCUGCGCAUGGCAAGACUGGCACGGCAGCAGCAAGAAGGCGACUGGGCCUUCGUGGUCGGCGGCCUGGAGGCAACCCUGAUCUUGCCCAGCAUUCCAGAUGUCUACAAAGCAUUGGAGGAGAUCAAGCCCUUCGCCAUCCGGGGAAUCAGAGAUGAAUUGCUGCGAGGCACCUCGGUGGCGUCCUCAAACUUGCGAGAUUCGCGAGGCGUUGCGUCCAUGGCGUCGGAGCGAUCAGUGGCUGGUGCGGUGGCAGUUGCUGGCGUUGCGGCGGCAGCAGAUGCAGCACUGCGGUGUAUACAAGCCGACAUCCCUGCCGUGGAUGCUGCUGAGAUGCAGGAGGAUCCUCUGGUGGCGCGAGAAGUCGCUGCGGCAGGCGUGGCGGCCGCAGCUCACGCUGCCAUGCAGUCCAUGGAGGCUGCUGCUGGGGCCAAAGCAGCAGCAGCGGCAGCUGUGGAUGCUCUCCAUGCCCAGCUCAUGGCGAGCACUGCCUCUGAAGUGCAAAGCGCCAGUAGUCUCCACGGCUCUUUGCUUUCAGACUCCAGUCUCAAGCCAGCGCCAGCUUGUGACUUGCAGGUCUGGGUGGAUUGUUCCGGCUGCGUCUGCCUGCUGCGCCUGACGGCGGCCAGGGUGCACGAGGUGAUGCAGGAGGAGCUGGACUCGGGCACUUGGGUGCUCGAGGAGCUGGCUUCCGCCAUGCGCUCGGCCAUCCGCUCCGGCUCGGCGGCCGACGCGGAGGAAGCCGUCCUCGAGCUGCUGGAGGAAGCCUCGGCGCUCGGCGGCCUCUCGAAGGUGCUGGCCAUCCCGCUGCAGGAUGGCUGGAGCUGCACCGUGGCGGGCCUGGCGGCGCACUGCGGCUUCCAACACAUCCUGCAAAUGCUGAUCGACGCCGGCGCGCCCGUCAGCCAACCGCGGCUGCCUCCUUCUUGUUCCCCCAGAGGUGACUACAGCCCGCUCUCUUUGGCCAUUGCCGGUCAGCACUUUCAGUGCGUCUCGCUUUUGGUGGCCUCUGGUGCGGACCCCUUCGAGGAGGCUUUGGAUGCGGUGGUGGAAAACCUGUCCGACGCGACUUUUCAGGACGAACAGGUGAUGUCUUUGCUUGAGUCCGCGCGAGCACAGCGGCUGGUGGACAACGAAUAUCUCGCAGAUCAAGUGGCAAGCUUUGACGAUGCUGAGCAGCUGGCGACCAUUAGCCGGCUUCUGGCAUAUGGUGCUGAUCCUAACGUGGUCCGCGGCACAUCUCCGCUGCUUUCUCAUGCAGCUGCAGCUGGCCAGGCGGACCUGGUUGCCCUCCUUUUGGACUAUGGCGCCAUCGUUUGCGGGCACGCGGUAGAGCUGGCGAAGGGCACAGAAGCAGAAGAAACUGUGCUGCGUGCUGCCCGCUCGCGGCUUCACAAGGCUGCUGCCGCCCAGGACCUAGCGACCAUCAUCGAGUUAGUAGAAGCUGGCGUUGAUCCGAACUCUAUGCUGCCAGAGAGAACAUCGUUGCUCACCUUCGCGGCAAGCCUGGGUGAAGCAGACCCAGCCUUCUCUCUUGAAGUGAGUGCCAUGCUCCGCCUUGGAGCAGACGCCAACCUUCCAGACCUGGCUGGUCAGUACCCGCUGCAUUCUGCAGUGCAGAGUGGAUCUGUGGAUUUGCUCAGGCAAUUGGAUGGGGUUGACAUACACGUGGUGGGCAGCGAGGGUCUGACAGCUGCCGGGAUGGCUGCGCGUGCCGGCUACGUGCAGCUCCUGGAGGUUUUGUUGGAUGCCGGCGCGCGUUGCAGUGACCGGGAUCCCCAGGGCGAUGAUGUUGCCAUGCUGGCGCUGAAAGCGGGCCAUGAGGACUGCGUGACAUGUCUGCGCCAGCGCGGCGUGCUGCCCAACCGCGACCUGGCCCUCGCAGAGUUGUUUGUGGCAGUUCGCAAUCGGAGGCCGGCUUACCUGGAGCAACUCCUUGGAAUUUUGGUGAAGAUCUACCCCAGCAUCGCCACUUUGACGGAAGAUGGGAUGUUGGGAGAGGUGCGCUCCCCCUGCCCUACCCUGCUGAUGGAAGCUGUACGGCAAAGCUGCCCCGUGAUGGUGUCUGCUCUUCUCAGGGCUGGUGCCCGGAUGUACCCAAGACAUGUAUCAGGGAGUGAGUCUGACCAGUUUGAGCACUGCGAGACUGCCUGGAGCAUUGCCUGUUCCUUGUCCUCCCAGCCGAUCACUGAGCUGCUUCGCCAGAAUUUGGCCCAGGAGCUGCUGUUCAUCGCCUGCCAUGGUUCGGUAGCUGAGAUGUGCAACCUGAAAGCGGAGGAAGAGUUAGGUCUGGUGGCCAAUCAACACGAUUUUCAGUUGACAGAUGAAUCUGGAUUCGGCGCUUUGGACCAUGCCUUGAUCAAGCAAGACUUAGACCUAGAAGAUUGGUUUUGCUCCCGCGGUGCUUGCUUCCAAAACGCUGCAAUGCUGGAAGUGCUUGCGGAGACGGUGAAGAGUUGUGACUACGCCGGGCUGGAGAGGCGCCUACGCGCCGGGGCAGAUGUUUGCGUGAAGGAUGCUUCACACCGCACCGCCUUGGAUUGGUGCAUUUUUGCUGGCUUCUUCGAGGCCAUGCUCUGGGAGUGCGUGGAGAGUUCCAUGCAGGAGGAGGAGGACUCGGAAAUGGGCCGGGCGCCCAGCGUCGGAAGCAAGGUGACAGCAAGAUCAGCUGGCAGGAUGACUGACCGUUCCAGGAAAACGGGAAUGUCAGCCAGUGGGGCUCUUGGCCGUCGCAGGCCAUUGAUUCCCAUGGAUCCUCGGGGCCGUUUUGCGCCAAUCGAAGACUUGCUGAUUUCCUACGGAGCGCGUUUCUCUGCAACCUGCUCUUCUGCUGCUUGCUUGCUGGAGCCUUUGCUGCUUCAAAACUUUGCCACUGUUCAAAGACGAUGCUUUGCCGGCGCGGACUGCACUGUGGGCGGUGAUGGGCUUGGUUUAGCUCACAUGGCCUUGGACGCUGGCAACUUGUCGUCGGCCUGUGCUUUGCUGCGGAAUGGGGCAAACCCUGAUCUUCGUGAUGCACACGGACGCACUGUGUUGUGGCGAGCAGUGCAAGGGAAGUUCGAAGAUCUUGUGGAUGCAUGCCUUGGACCUGCGGACCUCUCGCUGGGAUUGGGGCAUGACAAUGAUGGCUCCCUUGCGCAUCUCGCCAUGGAGUGUGAGCAGCCGGAUCUUGCCCUGAGAUUCUUGAAAGGUCAACCUGCUGCCACGGCAGCGGAUCCCGAAGAGCCGAGCCACAGAGAUCGAGUAAAUCCAGAUGCCAAGGAUUCUCAUGGCCGCACGGUGCUAAUGAGAGCCUUGGAAUUGAAAGAGACAGAAAUUGCGCAACUUUGUAUUCAGCUGCAUGCCAAUGUUUCUGCAGUGGACAGUCUCUUUGAAAGAAGCGCCUUGCACAUUGCGGCGGAAGCAGAUCCAGCUGUGGUGCCUGCUUUGCUGGCUGCAGGUGCCGACCUGGACCUGGUGGACAAGCGCGGGCACACGCCGCUCAUCGCCGCGGCCCAGGCGGGGCAGCAGGAGGCGGUGCGGGCCCUGCACGCAGCCGGGGCCCAGCUGGGGCCCGCCGGGUCCUUCGCCACGCUGCAGGCCCUGGAGGCAGGGCACUUCGACUUGGCGGCCCAGAUCAUCCACUGGGCCGGGCCAUUUGACCCCAACGACCUGCACAAGGUGCCGAGGAAAUCCUCGAAGAAGAGCCCGGCGAAGAUGCACUUGAAGGCUGCUGAGCUGCGAGCCCCCGCGGUCUUGGAAGCCUACUUGCACUGUGCCUUGCUGAAGCUGGGGUACAGCGCUGGGGACUUUGUGCAGCGCUUGGUGCAGUGGGUGCUGGCGGGGGACAAGUCCCGCGCCGAGUGCCUGGAGGCGCUGGUCCUCGCCAUCGCGGACGACCGGACCUCCCCGCAGAGCGCCCGCGGCGCGGCCGCCGCGCUGCUGCGCAGCCGCGGGGUGCCCGCGGAAGUGGCACAGCUCCUGGCGGAGGCAAAGACGGAGCUGUCCUUCCAAGAGAAAGAUGAGGCACUGGAGGCGCCGACGGCGACCACUGCGCCAACAGAACCUUCCGUGCAGAAGGCUCCGAUGGAGGCUGUCAAAGAGCCAGUCCAGGAGACCACGGCGAAAGCUAGCGGUGACAAGCUAGAAGAGAAGGAUGAAGCAGUGUACGACUUCGAGGAGAUGUCAGUUGAGGACUUCCCAACCUUGCAGGAUGAAGCAGUGUACGACUUCGAGGAGAUGUCAGUUGAGGAGACAGUGUCUGGCGUCAGCGAGAAGAAGGCCACGCAGAAGGCGCCAACUGCGACGGCGGCACCAACGGCACCUUCUGCGCAGGAGGCUCCGACCGAGGCUGUGAAAGAGCCAGAGACAGUGUCUGGCGUCAGCAAGAAGAAGGCCACGCAGAAGGCUGGAGAGGCUCCGACCGAGGCUGUGAAAGAGCCAGUCCAGGAGACUACAGCAACAUCUAGCGUUGGCAAGCAAGAAGCGGAGGAGGCGCCGACUGCAACGGCUGCACCAACGGCACCUUCCGUGCAGAAGGCUCCGACCGAGGCUGUGAAAGAGCCAGUCCAGGAGACCACAGCAAAAGCUAGCGGUGACAAGGUAGAAGAGGAGGAUGAAGCAGUGUACGACUUCGAGGAGAUGUCAGUUGAGGAGACAGUGUCUGGCGUCAGCGAGAAGAAGGCCACGCAGAAGGCGCCAACUGCGACGGAGGCACCAACGGCACCUUCUGCGCAGGAGGCUCCGACCGAGGCUGUCCAAGAGCCAGUCCAGGAGACCACAGCCAAAGCUAGCCGUGACAAGCUAGAAGAGGAGGUGCAGAAGCAAGAUGAUCCGCAGGAGAGACAGUGUCGGGCGUCAGCGAGAAGAUGGCCAAGACACAGGCGCCAACUGCGACGGAGGCACCAACGGCACCUUCUGCGCAGGAGGCUCCGACCGAGGCUGUCCAAGAGCCAGUCCAGGACAGCUCCGACCGAGGCUGUCCAAGAGCCAGUCCAGGAGACCACAGCGAACGCUAGCCGUGACAAGCUAGAAGAGGAGGCGCAGAAGCAAGCUGAUCCGCAGGAGAGCAGUCACUAUCUUUGUCUCAGGGCUACGAAGAUGACUACGAAGAUGAGUUUGAGGAGAUGAGCUCAGGAGAGCUGAGCCCGUAAGAAAUGCAUAAAUCAAUAAAUGUGAAAAAGUGCUUGGAAGGAAUCAGGCCGAGCUCAGUUGCAAAGCAGCGGGCCAGCCGUAUCGGCAGCUCUUGAACACCAAGGGCGAGGUCCAAAACCAGCUGCCGUCCAUGAUGUUUUCAGCUUUGGGGUAAAGCAAGGAGCAGGCCUGCUGGUUCUGUACCAAAGGCUCGACUAAGCUAGCAACAUGCUGGCUAUAGCAGCUUGGAAA